AGCAGGAUGUAGGUGGGGCCAGAUAAGAGAAUAAAAGCAGGCUGCCGGUCCCAGCCGUGGCAACCCUCUCAGGUAGCCUUCCACACUGUGGAAGCUUUGUUCUUUCGCUCUAUGCAAUAAAUCUUGCUGCUGUCCACUCUUUGGAUCCACACCGCCUUUAUGAGCUGUAACACUCACUGCGAAGGUCUGCAGCUUCACUCCUAAAGCCAGGCAGAUCACGAACCCACCAGGAGAAACUAACAACUCCAGACGCGCCACCUUAAGAGCUGUAACACUCACAGCGAAAGUCUGUAGCUUGACUCCUGAGCCAGCAAGACCAUGAACCCACCAGAAAGAAGAAACUCUGAACACAUCUGAACAUCAGAAGGAACAAACUCCAGACACACCGCCUUUAAGAACUGUAACACUCACCGUGAGGGUCCGCGGCUUCAUUCUUGAAGUCAGUGAGACCAAGAACCCACCAAUUGCGGACACAUUUUGGCGACCACGAAGGGACCAUCGCCUAUCGCCAAGCGGUGAGACUAUCGCCGAGCGGUGAGACCAUUGCCUAUUGCCAAGCGACGAGACAAUUGCCUAUUGCCAAGCAGAAAGAUACUAUUCAAGUCCAGUACAUCAUAAUGCAGAAUUCUGUAUCAGUACCACCAAAAGAUGAAGCAGUAGCAUAGCAGAAGGAAGCCAUGUCAAUAUGGUUGAGAGUUAAUACUUCGUUCCUUCAGUAAAAAUUAUGUUGUACAACUGCUAGCUGCUGAUCUGGAGACUGAGACCCUGGCAGUAACAAAACAAACCCCUGCUCUUUUGGAGCUCACAUUUUAGUGAGGAGACAGAUAAUGUAAUAUCAUCGUGAAGGUGAAUCAAACAUCCCUUCUGGAACAAUACAGAGUAGGAAAGGUUUGCAGAAUAAGAGUCAGUUUAGGACCAUUGCACCAAAAAUUGUGCCCAAAGUCCUAACGUCCAGAAUGCUGCCAUGUCAUUCACCAUCACGCUCUGAUCAGGUGAAUCUGGGACCCUCCAUCAACUCCAAGCCGCUGGGGAUGUCCACCCAGAACUAUGCCCUGAUGCAGGUUGCUGGCCAGGAGGGGACAUUUUCUCUUGUUGCUCUGCCACAUGUUGCCUCAGCUCAGCCAAUUCAGAAACCCAGAAUGUCCCUACCUGAAAACCUGAAACUUCCUAUUCCUAGAUAUCAACCCCCUAGAAAUAGCAAAGCAUCGAGAAAGAAACCCAUCCUGAUCUUUCCUAAGAGUGGCUGUAGCAAAGCUCCUGCCCAAACCCAAAUGUGUCCUCAGAUGUCCCCUUCCCCACCUCACCACCCUGAACUCCUGUACAAACCCAGUCCAUUUGAGGAAGUACCAUCACUAGAGCAAGCCCCAGCCAGCAUUAGCACAGCUGCGCUGACCAAUGGAAGUGACCAUGGGGACUUGAGACCACCAGUGACCAACACCCAUGGCAGUCUGAACCCUCCUGCUACCCCAGCAUCAUCCACACCAGAGGAGCCUGCCAAGCAGGACCUCACAGAUCUUUCAGGGAAAGCACACUUUGUAAGCAAGAUAACAUCUAGUAAACCUUCUGCUGUUGGCAGUGAAAAAUUUAAAGAACAAGUUGAUCUUGCAAAAACCAUGACCAGUUUAUCACCAACCAUUCUUGGCAAUGCAGUUCAGUUGAUCUCUUCAGUCCCCAAAGGGAAACUGCCAAUCCCACCCUACUCAAGAAUGAAGACAAUGGAGGUUUACAAAAUCAAAUCAGCUGCUAACAUUGCAGGUUUUUCUUUACCAGGACCUAAGGCCGACUGUGAUAAGAUAUCCUCCACCACAGAAGGCUUUAAUGCAGCCACCAAGGUGGCAAGCAGGCUACCUGUUCCACAAGUGUCACAGGAGAGUGCCUGUGAAAGUGCCUUUUGUCCACCCACCAAACUUGAUCUUAACCACAAAACAAAACUGAACAGUGGAGCAGCAAAGAGAAAAGGAAGAAAACGGAAGGUACCAGAUGAAAUUUUGGCAUUUCAGGGAAAAAGGAGGAAAUGUAUCAUUAAUAAGUGUAGAGAUGGUAAAGAAAGAGUAAAAAAUGAUCCCCAAGAAUUCAGAGACCAAAAGCUGGGGACCCUGAAAAAAUACCGUAGCAUUAUGCCCAAACCUAUCAUGGUCAUACCCACUUUGGCCUCCCUGGCUUCUCCAACUACACUACAGUCCCAGAUGCUUGGGGGCCUAGGACAGGAUGUUUUGUUAAAUAAUUCACUCACUCCUAAAUAUCUUGGCUGUAAGCAAGACAGCAGCUCUUCCCCUAAGCCCAGCUCCGUGUUCAGAAAUGGAUUCUCUGGCAUUAAGAAGCCUUGGCACAGAUGUCACGUCUGCAACCACCACUUCCAGUUCAAACAGCACCUUCGAGACCACAUGAAUACACACACCAACAGACGCCCUUACAGUUGUCGGAUUUGUCGCAAGUCCUAUGUACGUCCUGGCAGCCUGAGCACACACAUGAAACUUCAUCAUGGUGAGAACCGUCUGAAGAAACUCAUGUGUUGUGAGUUUUGUGCAAAAGUGUUUGGCCACAUCCGAGUCUAUUUUGGCCAUCUGAAAGAAGUGCAUAGGGUUGUGAUCAGCACUGAGCCUGCGCCCAGUGAACUGCAGCCAGGAGACAUACCAAAGAACAGAGACAUGAGUGUGCGAGGCAUGGAGGGAUCAUUGGAGAGGGAAAACAAGUCCAACCUGGAAGAAGACUUCCUUCUAAACCAGGCAGAUGAAGUCAAAUUACAAAUCAAAUGUGGUCGUUGUCAGAUUACUGCUCAGUCUUUUGCGGAAAUAAAAUUUCAUUUACUUUAUGUUCAUGGAGAGGAAAUUGAGGGCAGGCUACAAGAAGGGACCUUCCCAGGAAGCAAGGGGACUCGGGAAGAGUUGGUGCAGCACGCUAGCCCCGACUGGAAAAGGCAUCCUGAGAGAGGGAAGCCAGAGAAGGUUCAUUCCUCCUCCGAGGAGUCACACGCAUGUCCAAGACUGAAAAGGCAGCUCCACCUUCAUCAGAAUGGCGUGGAAAUGCUCAUGGAAAAUGAAGGACCCCAGUCAGGAACCAACAAGCCAAGGGAAACCUGCCAGGGCCCUGAGCAUCCUGGCCUCCACACGGUUCUCUUGUGGUCCCAUUCAGGCUUUAACUGCCUGCUUUGUGCAGAGAUGCUGGGACGGAAAGAGGACCUCCUCCACCACUGGAAGCACCAGCAUAACUGUGAGGACCCUUCCAAACUGUGGGCUAUUUUAAAUACGGUCUCCAACCAGGGAGUGAUCGAACUUCCCAGUGAAGCUGAGAAAUGAGACCCCCAGGCAGCCUGGGGUUAAGGAAAGAGCUCUGCCGCCACCUUCCUUCAGAGCUUCGUGCUUUAUGGUGGUGCUUAGUCACAAAGAUCAAACAACAGGAUUGGUGUGAGUGAACAGAAAUGAUUUUUGUACAUGGUUUUAUUUUCUUAAUGAAAUAAAAUAUAAGCUCUCGAAGCAUAUUUUUCUAACUA